CGAAAUGAAUUGGCAGCCAGACUUCGUGUACUUGGUCCGUACUGUCGCGUUUGUAGUGCUACCGAUCAAGAAAUGUUGCAAGCUCAAAAAAUCCACAUCUCUCCGUCGCUCUUACGCUCGGAGAUUUGCAGUGAAAUUCCUCUCUUGGCUGUCGAGAGCGAUCAUGAUUCGGUGACAAGGCAUGAAGGCUCGCGAUGCAGCGUCUCACCUCACGCUCUGAUAAUCCCGAUGUUAGUGCUCUCAGUGCUAAGUGCAACCAAACGAAGCGAGCUUUGCGUCCUGCCAAAUCCAGCGAUAUUGCCAAAGCACACCAAGAUUUCCGUAUGGCUGUUGAUGGUCAUGACAGCGCUUCACUGAAGAACGCCUCGCUCUCGCCUUCUGAGAGAUCGAGGCCAAAGUAGGAUUGAUGAUUGGACCGAUUUGUCAGUCACAGCUCCUCAUCAUACAUUACAAGUCGACUGAAUACAGAGCAGAAGAGCUGCCUUCCCUUCGCCUUCACUGGGAACACGCGCGCAGGCCAGUUCAUCUUGAGAUUAUUCGAGUGGCUAGAGUCUUAGGUUUCGUGUUGGAACGCAUGCCACGUGCAGUGUGAUCAGAAUCGCGUGUAUCGUACUCGUACGGUCGAUCAAUGAGAACCCAGUUGUCCGGCAAGUCUCGGUUCGGCUGCGAUAUGAUGACUUGCCGCGUGCCUUCGAUUGAGAUGAUGUUUUCGUCGAGCUCCUGGGAGGAACGCAAGUUGAACGCGCUAGUGUCCCAAAGAGGUCUAGAGUGCCAAGUUCCAUCACAGUCACGUGACUGAGUAUCACCGAUGAAGCUUGUCAGUGUUCCUCUUGCUCGGCCAGACUUCAAUCACUCAUCGCUCGGACGCGAACCACUUUCUCCUGGGUUACGCUCAUCGUCGACGCGUCUUCGAGUACGGCACCAGCCUGACUGGACAUUUGACCACGUCAUCGACUUCUUUCCGAAGGCUGCCGAGUUCCCAAGAUGUU